AUGUCUUUCCUCGCUCGCCGUGCGAUCGCCGCCCCGCGCGCCGCCCGUGCCUUCAGCACGACGCCCGCCCGGCCCCUGGCCAAGAUCACCCUUGUCGGCAACCUGGUCCAGACGCCCGAGCUGCAGGCCACAUCGACUGGCCGCGAGAUCCUCAAGUACGCUGUCGCUUCCAACGUCGGCCGCGGCGACAACGUCAGGACGUCCUAUUUCAGGGUUACCAGCUUCGAACAGGAGGGUCCACGCCGCGAUUACUUCCAGACUCUGCCAAAGGGGACUCUUGUCUAUGUCGAGGGCGACGCGACGAACGACAAGUACGAGGAUGCCGAAGGCAAGACCCGCACUUCUCUGAGCAUUGUCCAGCGCAACUUGGAGGUCCUCCGCAAGCCCCGGGGAGAUGCGCCCUCAAGCUAA